AGGUGGCGUGGCGCAUUUUGAUUAAUAUAACCUAAACGUUUGUUUUGUUCAGAAGUCAAUGUUUUGAGAUUUCUUCGCAACAACAAAGAUGAAUGAUUCAAUUAAAUUGCCAUCGAAGGUCUACGAUUCAGCCAUACAAACAGCUGCUAAUAUAAUUCAGUACAUGGAUGUUGACAGUCGUCAGGAAAUGAUAGAUGCUCUUCGCUCUCAUGUGGCAAAUUAUGCAGAAAUUGAAGAGAAAUUCAAAAGUCUGAAGGAAAUCAGUGCAGAGUAUGUACAGAAUAAGAAAAUCAUUCAACAACGAAGUAAUGAAGAUCCGGAACAAGAAAAUAAUGACUGGGCAGUGGAGAGAGAAAAUCUUGAUAAAGAAUAUAGCAAGAAAAUACACACAAUUGAAGUGGAUACAUCAAACAACCAGAAUUUGAGAAAAUUCAAUCAACAGAUUGAACAGAUAACAUCAGUUUUGAGUGGACAGCAAGAAACUCCUGGAGAUGACAAUGAUGAUAUGGUCGUGACAGGUUCCAUGAAUGUCAUCUGUCCAAUUUCCAAAACGAAAAUGAUUGAGCCAAUGAGAAACGAUAUCUGUGGACACGUUUAUGAUAAGGCGAGCGUCAUGGAAAUGAUCAAAAGCAAUUCCAAAUCACGAUGUCCACUGAUGGGAUGCAACAAUUCUGAAUUCCUCAGGAUUGAUAAUUUGUCCCCUGACAUCGUAACUCGCCUCUACCUACAAAGAAAUCCAUAGAAAAAUUUCAAAUUAUUACCUCAACGUUAACGUGCCAGUAUUUGAUUCCAAAAAAACAGCGAGAGAGAAUUUCAAGGAGCAAACAAAGGAUAGGUCAUAGACGUCAUUCAUUACAUCUAUUUUAAUACCAUUUAGCUCUCUAAUGUCUCCGUACCUUUGUCAUGUCUUACUCGUCUUUUUGUGUUUACAUUUCAAAAUAAACCCAGUCUCCCUUGUAAAAAUUCGGUUUUCCUUCGAAAGGAAUUUUACAGCUAAUUUCACUCAAUCAAACGUCUUUUUUUUAAUACAGAAAAAAUAUUAACCAAAAAUAAGAUUACGUCAAUCCCAAGACGAUUUAAUUAAUUCCGCACCUCUAAUUGAUGAUGCCAAGAAUGAAGAUAUGUUUUUUCUAUUAUUUUUAUGGAUUGUAACGAUUUCGGGCAAUGGAACAAUUAAUGUCAAAUGUGAUAAUAAAAUUCUUGAAGAUGACAUGAAUGUUUCCUACCGACGACUCAUGAGUAAUGAUUAUCCACACUGGAGAGAUGAAAAUUAUGAUGACCUGUGGCUGGAAAGGGCAAAAAAACACAGAUAUGUUGCUGAAGCUGAGG